ACAUGCAGAGCCUAGAAUCCAGCGACGACGUAUAAUAUAGUAAUUGGAAAACGAGAGGUAGAACCAUGUCCGGUAAUAAGAUCUCGACUCUUCAAGCUCUUGUCUUCUUCUUGUACCGGUUUUUCAUUCUCCGUCGUUGGUGUCAUCAUAACCCUAAACAAAAACUCCAAAAAUGCCCUUCUCACGGCCUCCACCAAGCUCAAGACCUAUCGAAUCACACUUUGAUAUUCAACGUCGAAGGAGCUCUACUCAAAUCAAACUCUUUAUUCCCUUACUUCAUGGUUGUAGCUUUCGAAGCCGGAGGGGUAAUAAGGUCACUUUUCCUCUUCGUUCUGUAUCCAUUUAUAAGCUUAAUGAGCUACGAAAUGGGCUUGAAGACGAUGGUUAUGUUGAGCUUCUUCGGAGUUAGAAAGGAAAGUUUUCGAGCCGGGAAAGCAGUUUUGCCUAAGUAUUUUCUAGAAGAUGUUGGGCUCGAGAUGUUUCAGGUUUUGAAAAGAGGAGGCAAGAGAGUUGGUGUGAGUGAUUUACCACAAGUUAUGAUUGAUGUGUUCUUGAGAGAUUAUUUGGAGAUUGAAGUUGUGGUCGGCAGAGACAUGAAAAUGGUCGGGGGAUACUACUUAGGCAUCAUGGAGGAUAAGAAGAAACGUGAGUUUGCUUUUGAUAAAGUGGUUCAAGAAGAAAGGCUUAGCAGUGGUCGUCUUAUUGGCAUCACUUCCUUCAACUCGCCAAGUCACAGAUCUCUAUUCUCUCAAAUUUGCCAGGAGAUUUACUUCGUCAGAAAUUCAGACAAGAAAAGUUGGCGAACCCUACCACGAGAUCAAUACCCUAAACCAAUGAUUUUCCACGAUGGUCGUUUAGCCAUCAAGCCAACACCUUUAAACACACUCGUAUUAUUCAUGUGGGCCCCAUUCGCCGCAGCCUUAGCCGCUGCAAGACUCGUCUUCGGCCUAAACCUACCUUACUCCCUAGCCAAUCCUUUCCUCGCCUUUUCCGGUAUCCACCUUACUCUCACCGUUAAAGACCUAGUUUCUUCCGAUCGGAAAAAAGGCUGUCUCUUUGUGUGCAACCAUAGAACGUUACUAGACCCACUUUACAUUUCAUACGCUCUAAGAAAGAAAAACAUCAAAGCCGUUACGUAUAGUCUAAGCAGAUUAUCUGAGCUUCUAGCUCCGAUCAAGACCGUUAGAUUGACUCGUGAUCGAGUCAAAGAUGGUCAAGCCAUGGAGAGAUUGUUGAGCCAAGGAGAUCUCGUGGUUUGUCCGGAAGGGACUACGUGUAGAGAGCCUUACUUGCUUCGGUUUAGUCCACUUUUCUCCGAGGUCAGUGACGUCAUCGUACCGGUUGCUAUUGACUCACACGUGACUUUUUUCUAUGGCACGACGGCUAGUGGUCUUAAGGCCUUUGAUCCCAUUUUCUUCCUUUUGAAUCCUUUUCCUUCCUACACCGUCCAAUUGCUUGACCCUGUCUCUGGAAUUACAUCGUCCACGUGUCCAGAUCCUGAUAAUAGAAAAGCGAAGUUCGAUGUGGCUAAUCACGUGCAGCAUGAGAUCGGGAAUGCGUUGGGGUUCGAGUGCACCAACCUCACGAGAAGAGAUAAGUACUUGAUCUUGGCCGGUAAUAACGGAGUUGUCAAGAAAAAAUAAUGAUUUUGAAAUUUUUAGUUUGUUUUCUUAAUUAGGGCCUUUUUGUGUGACGUACCAAUAUGCUUUAUCUCUUAUAAGAAAAUUUUCUAUGAUGU